UGAACCCACCCCAAAGCCGGUCAUGUCCGCGGGCCAUUUUUACGCUCCCACCGCUAGGCACCUUCACCUACCUCUCCUGACCUUACCUUACCUUGCAAUCCGAGCAGCGUGGAAGUGUCACGCUCACCAUCAUGGCCCACUCUUGGUGUUUUGACCAUUGAGACCCUCAUGCUCCUUAACCGGCGCAUCCCUUCUGUACCACCACAACAACAACCACCGCCAUUCCAAUCUCACGCUUCAUAUCGUUCUCUCAUUGUUUGUGAUUCCUCACUCCGUUUUUACAACCAUGAAGCAAAGCUCAAGACGAAAGCAUCAUCAUCGUCAACGAGUGAGAAGUUGGGCUGAAAUAUGUUGUUUCGGUUGCACCUGCCUACAGCUGUUCUGGUCUAAAGUGAUGAUGCGCAAAUGGCUCAACAUCAAUGCUAAGGACUCCGAUUACAGCGCCGACCCUCACGACGCCGGCUCCGAUUCCGAUUCCGAUUCCCAAGAAUUUUGCGAGCGGGAUAGUGAAUCGGGAUUUCGGAGUGGCAACAAAGGGAAUCCCACUGAUGCUCUUUCCAGAAUAAGAAGACGGAAGUCAGAGACAUUUAGGGCACAGUAUAUAAACCCAAAGGAAAUCAAAGUAUGUGUUGGCACAUGGAACGUUGGAGGAAAGUUUCCACCUGAUGACGUAGAUAUUGGAAGUUGGUUAGAUAUCAGCAAGCCUGCUGACAUGUAUGUGAUUGGUUUUCAGGAGAUUAUACCAUUAAAUGCUGGCAAUGUCCUUGGUGCUGAAGAUAGCCGUCCAGUGCUAAAAUGGGAAAACAUUAUUCGUGAGACCCUUAAUAGAAUUCAACCUGUGAAGACAAAAUUUAAAUGCUACAGUGACCCCCCUUCUCCAUCAAGGUUUAAUCCAUCUGAUGAUGCCCCAGAUAUAGAAGAUGAAAUAGUGCUUGAAUCUGAUAGUGAUGGUGAGGAGGAAAUCCUUCCAUCAAAUGAAGAAUCCAGUGGUUUUGAUGAAGUCAGGGAUGGAUCAGUCACAGGUGAAAAUGUGUUCAUGAAUUCUGAAGCUUCAGUUUCUAGCUAUGAUGCCCAUAAAGGCAUGCUACUUCGAUCAGAUUUAGAGAGGCAAUUUUCUUCUCCAAAGAGGAUGGAUAAGUUGAACUUCCUUAGAACAGAAGAUUGUACAGGAAAUGCAGAAGCAUCACAUGUUCAAUACAAUAGCAAAUUAAUGAAAACCCUAUACAAUAGCAAAUCAAUGAAAACACUCAGUGGGACAGAAAGGAUUGGUUUGAGCUGGCCAGAGCCACCAUUGGAUAUGCUGGCCAGGCACAUUUUAGACAGAUCUAAUUCCUUGAAGUCUAUUAAAUCUUCCAAAGCUUCCAAAUCUUUUGGAAAAUAUAAUUCUCUCAAGUUUUAUAGGACUGGUGAUAAUAGAUUGCGAUCAGAUGCAGCUUUGCUUGCAGAACUUGAUCUUGAACCGCAUAUGUACCAGAAAAGAAGACCCCAUUUUGUAAGGAUAGUAAGCAAACAAAUGGUUGGAAUUUUUCUUACUAUAUGGGUUCGCAGAAGCUUUCGUAGGCAUAUCCAGAACUUGAAGGUGUCUACUGUUGGUGUUGGUGUUAUGGGCUACAUAGGUAACAAGGGGUCAAUAUCUGUCAGCAUGUCUAUAUAUCAGACACUAUUUUGCUUUAUAUGCACUCACCUAACCUCAGGUGAAAAAGAUGUGGACAAUGUUAAAAGAAAUGCAGAUGUGCAUGAAAUAUAUCGAAGGACUCAUUUUCAUCCACGUUCAACUAUUGGACUUCCCACAAGCAUCCAUGACCAUGAAAGAAUAAUCUGGUUGGGUGAUUUAAAUUACCGGAUCAAUUUGUCAUAUGAGAAAACUCGACAGCUUAUCUCCGAAAAGGACUGGUCCAAGUUGGUUGAGAGUGACCAGCUUAUAAGAGAGCUAAGGAAAGGUUGUGCAUUUGAUGGAUGGUGUGAAGGUACUCUAAAUUUUCCGCCAACCUAUAAAUAUGAGUUGAACUCAGAGAAGUACCGUGGGGAGGAUCCGAAGGUUGGGAGGCGUGUUCCAUCAUGGUGUGACCGUAUUCUUUCAUUUGGGAACGGAUUGAGGCUAUUUAGCUACAGGAGAGCAGAGCUUAGGCUUUCUGAUCAUCGACCUGUUACUGCCUCAUAUAUGGUAGAGGUUGAGGUAUUUUGUCCUAGGAAGCUACAACGGGCCCUCACAUUAACUGAUGCAGAGAUAAAAAAUCAGGAAGUUGUAGCAGAUAACGGAAUUGAUGUUGGAUUGAGCACUGAAGAUUGGGAGAGGGGGAAGGGAAGAUGGAAGACCUAAGCUGACUUCAUUUCCGCAAUAUUCCAUGAUCUCUCUCUGAAUGACGAAUUCUGUCUGCUGCAGGAUGCAUCUGUUUGGGAAUCGUUAGGAGGGAUUAAUUUCUAACAAGAGGCUGUGAUUGAGGGAUCAUAUGAUUUAUGGAACCUGCUAUUGCUACUAUGCAUUCAUUCUUUCAAUUUUGAAUGUUCAGCAAUCAAGGUUGUAUAUGUUUUCCCCCCCUCAUAGCUGCUAGAAUUUUUUAUUAUUUUUUUUUUUGACUUUUUGUAUCUUGUAGUUCUUAGAAUUAAGGCAUCUCGGUUCAUUCAGUGUAUAAUUAUGUUAUGCUAAUCAUAUCUUGUAUAAUAAACAUUUGCAAUUUUCCCAGAAACUCUCACUAAUUGCAUGGAAAGCUACAUAUGCUGGAAGUAAAAAAUAAUGCGCACAUUUUGUGGGGACAAUUCUGCAUUCUUU